GAGAGAGAGAGAGAGAGAGAGAGAGGCAUCUCCUGUGCGCCUCGUUACCAAUUUACUGUCCAGUCUCCGUGCGCUCCUGUGCACCUGCUUUGGAAAUCUUCUCCGCGCGCUAAAAUCCCUCUCCUGAAAUUGUUGAGAUGGAGUUCCCCACUCUUCUUCCUCCACUCGACGACUUUGUGGAGCUCUAUUCUGUGUCUGCAACUCCUUUCAACGCUACGUUCUCUGCUGAGGAUCUGCUGCCUGCGCCUCCAAAAAGCAACGAGACCAGCAGGGUUGCAACCAGGGACACCACGAGUCUCAUCAUCGCCGUUUGCAUCACGGCGCUUUACUCUCUUAUCUGUGUGGUGGGACUGCUGGGGAACGUGCUUGUGAUGUAUGGGGUGGUCAGAUACACCAAGAUGAAGACGGCCACCAACAUUUACAUCUUCAACCUGGCUCUGGCCGACGCUCUCGCCACCAGCACCCUCCCCUUCCAGAGCGCCAAGUACCUGAUGAGCACAUGGCCCUUUGGGGAGCUGCUGUGUAAAGUUGUCAUCGCCAUCGACUACUACAACAUGUUCACCAGCAUCUUCACGCUCACCAUGAUGAGCGUGGACCGCUACAUCGCUGUGUGUCAUCCAGUGAAGGCUCUGGAUUUCCGCACUCCGACCAAAGCCAAACUCAUCAAUGUCUGUAUCUGGAUCCUCUCGUCUGCCGUUGGAGUUCCUGUGAUGAUCAUGGCCGUUACCAAGGUGACAGAUAAAGGGAACACUGCCUGUGCACUCAGGUUUCCUGAACCGGAGUGGUACUGGGAUACAGUGACAAAGAUCUGUGUGUUCAUCUUCGCCUUCGUGGUGCCCGUCCUGGUCAUCACCAUCUGCUACGGUCUGAUGAUCCUACGGCUGAAGAGUGUCCGUCUGCUCUCCGGCUCCAAAGAGAAGGACAGGAACCUGCGGCGGAUCACCCGCAUGGUUCUGGUGGUGGUGGCGGCUUUCAUCAUCUGCUGGACUCCCAUCCACAUCUUCAUCAUCAUCAAGACCAUGGUGGAUAUUGACCAUAAGAACCUCAUGGUAGUGGCCUGCUGGCACCUGUGCAUCGCUCUGGGCUACACCAACAGCAGCCUGAACCCAGUGCUGUAUGCCUUUUUGGAUGAGAACUUCAAGAGGUGCUUCAGGGAUUUCUGCCUGCCAUAUCGCUCCCGCUUGGAGCAGAGCAGCUUCUCCAGAGCUCGAAACACCACGAGGGAACCUGCGUCUGUUUGUGCUCCGGCGACGGGAGAGAGGCCGCCUGCCUGACUAGGCAUGGAUCAGCUGGGGAGGAGAACAGUCCAGGAUGACCUCCGGACUGAGGUCACGCAGUGCUUCACCACAGGAGUCUGAGUCCACAGAGAAUCAAUGAUUGAUUGUGUUUUCGGUUUCAUUUAUUGAAACUUCUUUUGUCCCACCUGGUUUGCGUGCUCCUUUGGGAUUGUCUUUCAAGAUGAACACAAACAUUCCCGUGUGUGCCUGUGCAUGAGAUAAUGGACACAAACAUACUUAUAUACAUGCAAAAUGCACCUCUGUCAGCAAACACUCACAUAGAGGAGUCAAGAAAAUAUUAGAAAACUGAUGUUUUUCACUGUUUUCUCUCUACUUGAACACAAGUUAACACGAAAUAGGAAACGCUGAGGUGUUCACAUCCAUAUUAGGUGAACAGCCCCAGACUCAUAGUCCUAUGUAUAAACAGUCCGUUAAUGAUGAGAUUGCCAAGCAAGACAUUGCUGGUAAGCACACAGGCCUCGCCACCAAGGUGUCUUUUUAUGGCCAAGCAGGGCCCAAGGUUUGAUUGGCUGAGACGGUCACCUGACCAACAGAGCAAGUGUUUUCUUUGAGGAAGACCAGACGGACUCUGAAAAUCCCCCGUGGCAGAAAAAGUGAUGAUAGCUGCUGCACAGAGCUGGCAGAGUAGCAUCGGGGAAAACACUGGCGUCUGCAAACCUGUGGGCGCUGACUUUCAUUGAUUCGCAGCUUUAUUUAGGUGUGUGCCAGCUUGUAAAAAUACUCUGUGAUCCCUAAAAUUGUGGGACCACUUAUCAUAUAAAGGGCUACGUCUCCUAAACUGUUGAUCUGACACCCUUGAGAUAAAGUUGAUGUACAGUAUUAUGACAUUUGAAGUUGCCAACAGCUGCCUAUUUACAUGUCCAGCAGAUUAAAACAUUUAACACCAUUUAUAUUGCAGCCUAACAAAUGUAAUUCAGCUCUGUUUUGGUCUCCACCCCCUCCUCAAAGAAGCAUCUGGCUUUUAAGGUGUUAAAUGCUUCACUAGUUUCAACUGCUGUUGAGAGCAGUGAUAUUUCUUUGUGGGGUUUUCACUUUAACAAACUCCUUUCAUUACACAUAAAUUGCUAAUGUAGUAAUAUUUUAUGGCAGCUUUAAAGUUUAAUUAGAUUAUAGAGCCCAAAUGAUGUAAAAUGUGUCUGACAGUCUGUAUUAUAUAUCUAAACUGCUAAUAGUGCUGUCACACAGCUUCAUUGAGGAGGUAAUGAGAGUUUAAUCAUGCGAAUGUUAAGUUGACGCUAUAGUUUCAUGGUCUCUGGAUUUCAUUUACAGGAUGUAUUCAGUUUGAUGCUUGUUCUUGUGAUGGUAAAAGGAGAUGUCAUUACAGAUCAAGGCCACAUAAUUCACUAUUGUAAAAGAGGAGGAACAUUCUGUAUGAAACAGAGUCAUGUUUCAAUCUGAAUUUGUCUACUUUUAUCGAAUCAAUACGUGAAAAAAAGCUAUGAAUGACACCUCACAUAACAUGAAAACACAGCCUUCGUAAGUAAGCAGUCACAACUGUUCAGCUGACUCAGUGUUUCCGCUCCUGUAGCAGUUUGGACUGCUGUGUUUUUGCAAACCAAGUGUUCACCUGACAGUGAGGUGAGGAGCUGAAGGGGAAAGUGAGCUUCUGUUUCACGUCAUAGUGAGGUGACUGAAUGACUUCGAACUUGCAUGGAGAAACAAGCCCGGACGAGUGCAUUAGCCAGCAGCAUGAAUCUUCACAUACAUAUUAAAGCUAAUGGACAAUUUUCCAUUCAUGAUUGCUGGACACUUAGAGGAGGAGAUCAGGGCAGCAAUUUAGUUUUUUCAAACAAAUUGAGAGAACACUCAGAUAGAUGCCUGUCUUUUUGCCAUAACAGCAAUGCAGUUUUGUUUAAAUAGGCAUCUAUGCUCUAUCAAAUGUAAAGAAAACAUUGUUUCGUAAAUGCAUAUUCGGUGAAAAUGUGACUCCUUUUAUUUCAAUGUGCUGUCAAGCUGUUGUACCAUUAAGCUUCAUUUGUAACCAAUAGGUAAAAUCAAAUGUUAUAUAGCUAUUUAUACUAAGUAUUAUACUUGUUAGGCAAACCAUUCUAAGUCUCUGAAAUGUUUCUGUCUCGUGUGAGGACCAUCUCUAACUUUUUUAUUUCCAUCACUGUAAGAAGAGCAUUUACAAAAGCCCAGUACGUUCAGCUGAAUGAAAAUACGUACCGUGAUGCCUUAUUCAGCUUUGUGUUUUGCUCGUUUUGCAAAAAGUGAUUUAUUUUGUACAGGAAAACAGUGCUUGAUCUUUCAAAAUGGUUUCACUGACACUGUAUAUACAGAACAUAAUUCUAUAAAUGUAAUAACUGCUUUUGUUUUUUGAAAACAUUGAGAGUGCCGUCUUAUCGAAAAAGCUGCAUUUAAGUUGUAUCUUAUGCUUUUAUUUUGAAAUAUUUUUGUGGCUCAUUUGCCGUUUUAAGUCAAGACUUUGUUUUCUGUGGUCAAACAACAAAGUAUUGAAUUGAUCAGAUAUUGUACAUGCUGUUAACAUUUGAGUUUCAUAUGUAAUUAGUUGGUAAGAUCAAGUAUUGAUUACUGAUCAGGUCGGUACUGACAGGAAGUAGGGGCUCCUGGUGGCCAGAUGGUCAUGGUCACAGGCAUGAAAAUGACACAAUAUGAAAUAAAUCAGAGAUGAUAUUGUG